AUGGACCUCCUGCUUCUGCUUUCAAUGCUACUGGUGUCCCAGACAGUCUCUGGGAAGCUUAGAAUGAAGUGCCCGCUGAAUAUGGUGCACCUGGAUAGAGAAAGACCAUGGAGCUACUACAGGCCAGGAGACCAUCUCAUCGGUGUAGUCACCAGUGCAGUAACACUAAACCAAGAAAUGUUGCUUUUCGACAUGCUUCCUUAUAGUCUGUCUUACUUUGAACCUUACACAUCCAAAGGAAUAGAACGCUUUAUUUUCACCAUUCAAGAGAUCAACAAGAAUAUCCAGUUCCUGUGCAAUCUCACAUUUGGCUACAAUAUCCAUGACAACUAUUUGAAAACUCUUGGCACUUCAGAUGUCUUGCUGGACAUGCUCUCUACCGGAAAAGCCAAUGUUCCCAAUUACGGCUGUGGAAAGAAGGACAACCUUUUGACUCUUUUUGAUGCAGCUGACAGGGAGAUUUCCAUCCAGAUGUCAACAUUAACACUGGAAACUGGAAUACACAUUAGAAUGGGAGCAUGUAUCAAAAUAGCCAUAGCUAUCAAUGCUCUCUUGAUAGCAUCUCUAUUGCUUUGGGGGCUUCUGAUACAUACUUGUGAAGACUCCCAGUAUGAAGACAAGAAUUUUCACUGCUCUUUUCCAAAGCAUGUCUUUUCUGUCAAAGGCCGGAAAAGAUGCACCCAAAAAACUCCAGUAGAGACAGAAGAUGAAUUGAACGGGAAGUUGGUUGAAAACAGUGACUCUGUUUACGUGAUCUUUAUGACUCUGGCCCAUGUCUUAAAGGCUGCCUAUUCAUCCAGAUCCUGGAAGAGAAGGAAGGAGGCCCAAGAAAUACUGGAGGCUCCAAGGCUGCAGCCGUGGCAGUUCCAUCCCUUUCUGGAGAAGAAUGAGUUCUACAAUCUUUCCCACUGGAAUCUUUACGUGGACCAUAACGGAGAAAUAGCUGCAGAUAUGGAUAUUGAGUUCUUGGUGAUUUCACCCGAGGGGGACUUGAUGAAAAGGAAACUGGGGAGUGUUGAAAGACAGAGAGUUAUUAUUAACGAAUUUGCUCUUUCAUGGAUAAAUCUGCUUAACAAGCCUCAGUCCCAAUGUGUGGAAAGUUGUCAUCCUGGAUUUGUCAAGCAGAAGCGAGAAGGAGAGCCUGCUUGCUGCUAUGACUGCAUUCCUUGUCCUGAGGGGACCAUCUCCAUUCAUGAAAAUGCAGAAAAAUGCACCAAGUGUCCGGAUGAAAAAUAUCCAAGUGAGGACAGAAUCCAAUGUAUCCCCAAAGUUAUAUCCUUCCUUUCUUAUGAAGAACAUCUGGGAAUCAUUCUAUCCUCUUUUGCCCUAUUCUUGUUCUUAGCCACAGGCCUUGUUUUAAUCAUAUUCAUGAAACAUCCAGAAACUCCCAUUGUGAAAGCCAACAACAGAGACCUCUCUUACAUCCUCCUGGUCUCCCUCCUGCUUUGCUUCUUGUCUCCUUUUCUCUUCAUUGGGCAACCAAGGAAAGCCACUUGCCUUCUCCGACAAACAGUUUUCAGCAUUGUCUUCUCAGUUGCUGUUUCUUCUCUCUUGGCCAAAACCAUCACAGUGGUGCUGGCUUUCCUGGCAACAAAACCAGGAAACCAAGUGAAGAGAUGGUUGGGGAAGAGCUUGGCCAACUCCAUCAUCCUUUCUUGUUCUAGUGUCCAAACUAUAAUCUGCUCCGUCUGGUUGGGAAUUUCUCCCCCAUUCUGUGACUCAGACUUUCAUUCCCAGCCUGGAGAGAUCAUUCUGCAAUGCAAUGAAGGCUCUGUUUUCAUGUUCUACAUCACCCUCAGCUACAUGGGCUUCCUGGCUGCCAUCUGCUUCAUGGUGGCGUUCCUGGCCAGGAAUCUCCCCGGUGCCUUCAAUGAAGCCAAGCUGAUCACCUUCAGCAUGCUGGUCUUCUGUAAUGUCUGGAUCUCCUUCCUGCCCACCUAUCUGAGCACCAAGGGGAAAUACAUGGUGGCUGUACAGGUUUUCUCCAUCUUGGCCUCCAGUGCUGGGCUGCUGGGCUGCGUCUUCAUCCCCAAGUGCUACAUUAUCAUUCUGAGGCCAGACUUGAAUACAAAGGAGUAUCUUACAACCAGAAGAAAUGUAUAA